AACUUGACAGCCUGGUUGCCAUUUGUGUGCCCUGGCGGUGGCUUUAGGACCUCGCGGAGCGCAUCAUUGAAGCACAUGGUCGCUACUCAUAAGACAACACUCCUCGCCAGUAAUUGCUGUGGAAUUGAUGUCAUUCCAGUGGGGCGACUGAGAGACAGCAGCGGCUCGUGCCUUUGUCAAUAUUUUCAUCGCUCUCCACAGUUUUUACUUACGCGCGAGCGGCUUCGCACUUGGACAUCUUUGAAUGGGGACGAAGUGAGUGGACUCGAAUCAGCUGUCUUUGGGAUUUCCUAAAGCACCGGUCAUAUACUUGAUCACAUUUCAGGAAGUCGUUUCAUUUGUGGGGAGGCUCUUGCACAUCAGCUGUUGUUGGACUGGAACUGUAUGAUGGUUGCGCUGCAGUGAAAGACAGUUGGCUAGUCCCCCUCCACGCUUCAGCAUCAUGAACCCCGAGAGCUGGAGUGUGAAGUUUGUUAUUUUGACAGCACUUCAGGCUUUAACUGUCACUUUGUCGGUGUGUGACAGGAUGCUCUUAAAAUCUGUCAAAGGAAAUCCUCCGAGCACUGUUGUUCCACACAGACCGACAGCAAGGCAGAAACACUAUGGGACUACAGUACCUCUUCAGCUUGUUGGAAAAGACUGGAAACCAAUCAGCCAGCUCAAAUCCCAGAGCCACCCAGCAUCACUGAAGCUCCUGAUUGAAGUGGAAAGUGAACAGCUGCUCCUGGCUCUAGAGAAAAAUGAGGGGCUCUUUGCAAGUAACUAUACAGAAACCCAUUACCUGGAAGAUGGCAGCGCUGUCACAGGCGUUCACAACUUCACGGCAAACUGCUACUACCAUGGUAAGGUGGAGGGUCAUGACAAUUCGGAUGUGAGCCUCAGCACUUGCACUGGGAUUAAGGGUUUUAUAUCUCUUGGCGAAAGAUCCUAUGUACUGGAACCAUGUGCUGAUCGCUCUGAUGGGACUCACUGGAUUUACACAGCUGAACACCUCAAUUUUGCUCCUGGCACCUGUGGCCAUGAUUUCAACACGACCUAUUCAUCUGCGCACACAGACGGCAGCCCAUUCAAGGCUUUUAGCACAAGGCAUAAACGCCAUGCCCAGACUACAACCAAGUAUGUGGAGCUGAUCAUUGUGGCUGACAACCGAGAGUUUCAGAAGCAAGGCAAGGACAUGGACAAAGUCAAGCAGCGGCUGGCUGAGAUUGCUAAUUACGUGGACAAGUUCUACAGGGCUCUGAAUAUCCGUGUGGCUCUCGUGGGGCUGGAGGUGUGGAGUGAUGUGGACAAGUGUCCCAUAACCCAGGACCCAUUUACUACCUUGCACGAGUUCCUGGACUGGAGAAAGGUCAAGCUGUUGCCUCAAAAGCCACAUGACAACGCCCAGCUAAUCAGUGGGGUGUAUUUCCAGGGAACCACUAUUGGUAUGGCACCCAUCAUGAGUAUGUGCACAGCGGAGCAGUCAGGAGGAAUCGUCAUGGACCAUUCAGACAACCCCCUGGGUGCUGCAGUCACUCUGGCCCACGAGCUUGGACACAACUUUGGGAUGAACCAUGACACGCCAGAACGGGGGUGCGGCUGUAGAGUGACUGUGGAUCGUGGAGGCUGCAUCAUGACUCCCUCCACUGGGUAUCCUUUUCCUACGGUGUUCAGCAGCUGCAGCAGGAAGGACCUCACGGCUAGUUUCGAAAAAGGCGUUGGAAUGUGUCUCUUCAAUAUGCCAGAGGUCAAAGUGCUGUAUGGUGGGCAGAAAUGUGGCAACGGCUAUGUGGAGGAGGGAGAGGAGUGUGACUGUGGAGAACUGGAGGAAUGUAUGAAUCCCUGCUGCAAUGCCACCACCUGCACUCUGAAAGGAGAUGCUGUUUGUGCACAUGGACAGUGCUGCCAGGACUGUCAGCUGAAGCCAUCAGGCACACUGUGCCGUGAAUCCAGCAACUCUUGUGAUCUGCCUGAGUUUUGCACCGGUACCAGUCCUCACUGUCCCUCCAACGUCUACCUUCAUGAUGGCCAUGGCUGCCACAAUGUGGACGGCUACUGUUAUAAUGGCAUUUGUCAGACUCAUGAACAGCAGUGCAUAACACUGUGGGGUCACGGAGCCAAGCCAGCUCCAGGCAUCUGCUUUGAAAGGGUCAACUCAGCAGGAGACCCUUAUGGCAACUGUGGCAAGGACACAAAAGGCUCCUUUGCCAAAUGUGAAGUGCGAGAUGCAAAAUGUGGCAAAAUCCAGUGUCAAGGAGGAGCUAAUCGCCCAGUAAUUGGCACCAACGCUGUUUCAAUUGAAACCAACAUACCCCUUCAGGAAGGGGGAAGAAUACUGUGCCGAGGUACGCAUGUCUACUUGGGUGAUGACAUGCCUGAUCCUGGCUUGGUCCUGACAGGAACCAAGUGUGGAGAUGAAAUGAUGUGUUUGAAUCGUCAGUGCCAGAACGUCAGUGUUUUCGGUGUGCACGAUUGUUCGGCCAAGUGCAGCGGUCGAGGGGUGUGCAAUAACAACAAGAACUGUCACUGUGAGGCUCACUGGGCGCCUCCCUUCUGUGACAAGGCAGGUUUCGGUGGGAGUGUGGACAGUGGUCCGAUCAGGCAAGCAGCAGACAAUGGGAAUCUGACAGUGGGCAUUCUGGUAGCUCUACUCGUCGUCCUGGGUGCCGGUCUGACCAUGUGCAUCAAGAGAAAAACUCUACUGAGACUUCUAUUUACAAGCAAAAAAAAUCCAAUAGAGAAGAUCAGAUCAGUAAGCGCCGCAAUCAGUGGACCAACAGCUCCUAACCAGCCUCCAUCAGCAAGCUUAACCUCUCCAUCCCGACCGGCACCGCCUCUGCCUCACAGUGCCACCAUCUUCAAGCCUCCUCACCGAGGGCCAGAGGCGGGGCUCCCACCGGCCCCCUUCCCUCCCCACAGCCUGCAUAGACUGCCCCAGUGCCCUCCAGUUCACCUUAGCCACCCAGUCCCUCUUUCCCUUACCGUGUCCCUCUCCCCUGGCCCUGGGCAACCGAGACCCCCAGUCCCUCCUCCUCACCGAGCCCCUCCACCUCACAUCCACGUCGCACCCAGAGGGGCGUCAUUUCACAGUGCAUCACAUCACAACUCUUGCAGGAUGGUCAUGGAAUUGGAGAAGCCCAGUCCUCCUCAGAAACCUCUACCUGCUGAUCCAAGGGGGUCUCGACUGGUGCGAAGUCCCUCUGUUCAGCAGAGCCAAACCGCAGGCCAAGGACCUCCUAGUGUCUGUGGCCCUGUGCCUGCCGUGCCCAGACCUCCACGUCCUAUCCCACACCUCAACAGGCCGAGUCCCAAGCACCCCCCAACACUACCAAAGCCUUGCAUUAUUGCCAACGUCAAAUACAGCAGCUGAGAUUUUGGCCAGAAGGGACAUUGUUAUGAUAAGACUGAAAAGAUUUGCACUAUGAAAACUCUGAAAAACCUUAAAAAGGUGGUGGCUUCUCUGAGUUUUGAAUCAGGAGACCUGCCGUGUCCCUUUUGGUGCUCUGUCUCUGAAUGGUGCUACGAGUCUGAGCUCAGGUACAUGUAAAGUAUUUAUAUUCAGUAUUUAUUGCCACGCAGUGCACUGUGCCAGACACUUUUAAGACAUGGUAGCAACUUUGAAUUUUGAAUUACUUGUUUUCGUUUCGCGCCUUCACAUCAGCCAACAUUUAUGAAGGAGAGCGAUCUGUGAAAUUGUGCCAACGGAGACGCUUUUGUGGAAUGUGUUUAAAUGAAGGGAACCCAUUACAUUGUGGUUUUGUUUUGCGUCAUAAGUGAAGAAUUUCAAAAGAGUUGUGCAAUGAUAGAUGGGAGCAUCAAACAACAUUUGUAGUAUUUUUUUUUUUAAUCCACUGGGGUUUUCUUGAAGGGUAACGCUCUGCGUAGCAACUUUGGGCCAUCUGACAAGGCUUGAAACAACUGCAGCAAAGGAGAUUGUGAUAUUAAUACAACAGAUCUUUGAUGCGUUCUGCAAUCAAGAAGACGGGUCGUUUCUUGGCUCAAAAAUGAAAUCCAGGCCUGUUCCUUUUUCUUCGUCAUUUUUAUCACGGAAAGGUAACACAUUCAACUGUGAAAUGUCACUGAUUUGCCAUUUCCUUUUCAUUUGCAAGGCCCAAUAUGCACUCUUGAGGGAUCCGGGUACAGAGAUCUAAAAUGAGCCAAGAUCAAGAAAGUAUCCCUCAGAAAGAGUAAACCUAUCUGAAAUAUUUGCUUUGCUAAAGGUCAUGUGUGUUUUUAAUUUUUUUUUCCCCUUCUAUGCUUGCUGCACCAAGGACUAGAUUAAAUCAUGGAAUCACUGAUGACUUGCUUAAAGGUGUUCCUCGCAUGUAAACAGCCAAAGUCUGGCUGCGGUGUUCAUAUGUGCAUUUUAAGUCAUGUUUUUAUCUAACUGGAAAGGACAGUUUUACUUGAUAAGAAAACAUUUUUAGAUUUCAUUCUGCCACAGAAAUGAUGUUUAAUGGUUACUCAGUAUAUGCUGACUCACUCAAGUGUUCAUUUUUUAGUUUUCCUUUUUUUUUUUUUUUUUUUUUUUUUUUAAACAUUUCUACUUUACAUAUUUUAGAUAAUCUUUUAAAAAAUGAACACUGUUUUAUCAUUUUGGUUUACUUAAUGUUUUUGCUGGAUUGCAGUGCAUCAUAUAUAAAUACAUAUAUACAUCCACAAUGAGCAACAUUUCCUUUGAGCACCGCUGUUGUUCACAAAUAUGUCUGCUAAAAACUGAUAUGGAUAGAAUUUUGUUACUUUUGAUACUCUUUAUAAUAAUGCACUAGUUUUACAUGCAUUGUUUUAUUUACUUUGCUUUUUCAAUGCUGUCUGUCUAUGCCUAAUAGAGACCUGUUUGUAUGUUACAUUGUAUGUUCUUUGUAUGUUGCGUUACAGGUGAGCACAUUUUUUUCAUGGAGAAUUUUUGUUAAGGAUUGUUCUUUAAGGCAUCAUAUGUAAAACAAAAACAAAAAAAACACUUAAAGUGUCUGUGUCUGAUCAUGGUAUUUUAAACAAUCAGUAUUAGUAAACCUGUUUUUUACACUGAAAA